CCUGACGCAAUGCAAAAGAACGUCCCUUCAAAAAAGAACUGUGCGGUGAAUUCGCAGUGCUCGGGAGGCGGGAGCUGAGAGCGCCAAGGGUAGGCGCGGGCUGGCUGCGCGGACCGCGACAGCUCCGGUGACACGGCUAGGGCGCAAGAGGUGUGCAGACAGAAACACUGAAUUCUGAGUGGAGGGGCAGCCAUUAACACAGGACACUGCAAACCAAGCCUUUCUGGGUGAAGGUCCGUGAGAGAACACAGGCUCAUUUCCCCCCAAAGAGGGCAUUUCCGUCACCUUCGCCCUGCACACCUCUGGCAACAUAGACAGAUCUCGAAGGAGGAGGCCGCCUCAAAGAUUGCUGCUGAUGCUUGUCUGAUCCUGUCUUCUGUGAAGCAUGGCCCCACAGGAUUACGGGACAAAUCAUAGACCCUGAGCCACACCUGCUCAGAGAGGCAUACUUCACAGCCUUGCUCGGCUCCAGGUGCUGCCAAGCCUUGAGACUCACUCCCAUCCCAACAAUGCCUCCAGGAGCCAUGGCCACUGCUGCAUGAGGUCCUUGCAGAGCAGGACUUGGCCUUGCCACCCAGCAAGCCUCCCCAGUGGCCUCUGCCACCUCCCAUGUCUGGCUACCAGGGCAGACUAGAGAAUGUCUGUGCCCCGGAUCCAAGUGGAAGGGGGUGAGAAAGACAGGCCAGCAGGGGCGGCCGCACCUCCAGACGACCACCUUCUCAGCCUGAAGGCCCUCACUGAGAAACUGAGGCUAGAGACCCGAAGACCUUCCUACCUGGAAUGGCAGGCCAGGCUAGAGGAGCAGACGUGGCCUUUCCCAAGGUCAGCUGCCCAGCAAGAAGCGAGCUUGGAGCAGGGAGCCUGUGGAGGUGGAGAGCCCUCGAUACCUCUAAGGGAGCCCAGAGAGCUCCCAUCUGCCAGGAGUGCCGGCCAGGGCGACAGGCCACCGAGCACGGGCAAGCUGGAAGGCUUCCAGAGUAUCGAUGAAGCUAUAACCUGGCUCAGAAAGGAACUGGCAGAAAUGCGACUCCAGGACCAGCAGCUGGCCAGGCAGCUCAUGCGCCUCCGUGGAGACAUCAACAAGCUGAAGAUUGAGCAGACCUGCCGCCUGCACCGGAGGAUGCUCAACGACGCUGCUUAUGAGCUGGAGGAGCGAGAUGAGCUGUCUGACCUCUUUUGCGACUCCCCUCUGGCAUCUUCCUUCAGCCUUUCCACGCCACUCAAGCUCAUUGGUGUCACCAAAAUGAACAUCAACUCCAGAAGGUUCUCUCUGUGCUGAGAGGCCUUGGAAUGGAAGGGGGACCAGAGCCAAGGGUGAGGGGGUGGGGGACUCAGACCAAGUUACCCAAAGUGGGUCUCCCUGGGGCCAUGCUGGGAAUGGAAGGCCCCAGGACCUGGUGGUAGUAUGCCAGGAGCUUCAGCAUACCUGGCUCUUCAUGUUCAAUACCCAAAGAGUCUGAAGAUGCUAUGUAAGACGGGGGUCUCAGCAGGAUCCUGUGGCCUGACCCCCUCAGUGGCCUACUUUCCUGUGUCCUAGAAUCACUGGUGCUAUGGUGUUGGAUCCCAAAGGGGACCCUCCUCCCACCUUGUUCCUACAGAAAGCUCUCCUCUGGGGAAGCUGAGAAGAUUAGAUAUGUAAGGUAUACUCAUCUUUUUAGUUCUAGCUCUAAUUGCCCCUAAGUAGGUGACUCAGCAGCCUGUUCAGGGAUGUGCUAGGACAGAAAAACCUAAAGGGAUAACAAGAUGGCACAUGGGAUUGCAGGCUUCUCUUUGAUGGCCAAUAGCAUCCCUGGGAAGGAGCUCUGCCCUGCUACUUUGAACUUGAGCCUUGAUGCAACAGGGCCAUGCUU